AGUAACCUCUGAACAGACCUCGUAAUCGAUUACAGAUUCAAUGAUCCUGCUAGCUGCUACCCACGCUUUAAUUUAACCAUGGAGCAAUCUGUGAGUUCAUUACAAGAGCAAGCUUUGAAAAGGAAAGAAAGGUUAAAAGCUCUAAGAGACCGGCAACUUCAAGGGCGGGCACCUGAGGAUGGAGAGCCUGAUAGCAAAAGAGCUCUAGAGGGAUCUGAGGCAGAAGAGAGACACAGAGAGCUGAAGCUGAGGAAUUACACCCCAGAGGAUGAGGAGCUGAAGGAGAGACAGGUGCCCAAAGCAAAACCAGCAUCAGUGGAAGACAAGGUCAAAGACCAGCUGGAAGCUGCAAACCCAGAGCCUGUGAUUGAAGAAGUGGAUCUGGCCAAUCUUGCCCCAAGGAAACCAGACUGGGAUCUGAAGAGGGAUGUUGCCAAAAAGCUUGAGAAAUUAGAGAGACGAACACAGAAAGCCAUUGCUGAACUCAUACGUGAACGGCUUAAGGGCAGCGAAGAGGAGUUGGCAGGAGCAGUCGGAGCAGUUAGCAUCGAAGAGGGAGACUCGGAUUGAGUCUAUGUUGGAGAAUGAGUUCCUGCACAACAGAUUUUUUUUUUUCUCAGUUUUUCAGACAUAAUCAGUGUGUGUAAAAUGGAAAUCUUAUGCUGAGCUCAGCAUGCUUUUGCACACACAACCAGAUCAGGUGUGACAGAGAGAAGACACCGAAAGAAUGAGUGAUGUACAUGUGUUUUUGAGAAAAAACUGUUAUGUUUUGUUGCGGAAUGUGGUGAAGAUGGAAGUCUUUUUUUUUUUAUUUUCUUUUUUUUAUUGUUUAUAAGUAAAACAAAGUCUUAUUUCUGCCUCUUUGGCCCUUAUGAUCAACAUCAGUAAUCUUUUUUUUUUUUUAUACAGAAGUUGAGUGCUGUUAAAUAGUGGGUAGAUUCACACUGUCAUGUUGUCUCUCCUUUUUCAUUAGUAUUCCAAUUAAAUGGGAAUUCCAAAAUCAGACACAACAGUGAGGAUACAGAACAUUAUAAAGCAAGAGAACAGUACUUGUGUCUAAGCAGCUAAAAUUGCAGUACAUCAUUUUGGUUUUCAUUUUAUUUCAUUAUAUCAUCAUUUAAAAUAUUAUUUUUUUAAGUUAGAAUAAAUUAGCUUAAGUCCUUUACCCAAAUGUCCAAAAGAGGUGUUAAAUCAAUCUCAAUUAAGUAAUAUUUCAAAGUCCUUUUUCAGAUUUAAAAUGAUUCUGCCAUGAUUUAAGAGAUUUUCAAAGCAAAAUUGAUCAAUGUGAAAUGUGUGGUUAAUCAAGAGUAGAGUUAUGGCAAAUCGGUAGAGGCACAACUAAUUUCAAAAGCAAAACAAUCAGCCUGCACAUUUUUUGGUUAAAUGACAGGUUAUACUAUGGACAAAGCAGCUACAGUAGUUUUGCACUGAAUGCACAAAUCUUUGACAAUAAAGUGCAUUCCCUUCCUCCCACAUUAAUUUUGCUAGAACUAAGAAGCUGAAUGUCAAAUGACACAUCAAACAUUACAAGAGGUUAAUACUCUAUAUCAUUCAAUUUAAUGCAUUUUAAAUAUAUUGAUAUUAUAGUGUUGUCUUACUAGCUAUUGGUUGUAAAUUCACAAUAAUGUGAAACAGUGUCCAGCACAGUAACUUUCUUGGGCCAAAAAAAAGAAAAAUUAGAUUCACCCACUAAGAGGUGCUAUUGCAUUAAAAGCCUGGGUUCAAGCAAACUCGCAAAUGCUGAUCUCAUAUAGUUGGAUUUGAACUCAAUGUUUUCCACAUGUCCUCUACACCUAGCACAUGAUUAAGGACAAAUUGGCUAGUUCCAGGGCUACACAUACAGUGCAUUCAGACCCCUUUAUUUUUUCACAUUUUGUUAUGUUGCAGCCUUGUGCUAAAAUGGCUUAAAUCAUUUUUUUUUUCACAUCAAUCUAAACUCCAUACCCCAUAAUGACAAAGAAAAAAACAGAUUUUUGAUAACUUUGCAAAUGUAAUAAAAAGACAACUGAAAUAUCACACUGGCAUAAGUAUUCAGACCCUUAACUCAGUACUUAGUUGAAGCACCUUUGCCAGCAAUUACGGCCUCAAGUCUUUUUGGGUAUGAUGCGACAAGCUCUGCACACCUGGAUUAGGAGAUUUUCAGCCAUUAUUCUCUGCAGCUCCUCUCAAGCUCUGUCAGGUUGGAUGGGGACCGUCAGUGGACAGCCAUUUUCUGGUCUCUCCAGAGAUGUUCGAUUGGCUUCAAGUCCGGGCUCUGGCUGGGCCACUCAAGGACAUUCUCAGAGUUGUCCCUAAGCCACUCUUGUGUUGUCUUGGCUCUGUGCUUAGGGUCAUUGUCCUGUUGGUAGGUGAACCUUCGGCCCAGUCUGAGGUCCUGAGCACUCUGGACCAAGUUUUCAUUAUGGAUAUCGCUGUGUUUUGCUGCGUUCAACUUUCCUUUAACUCUGAUCAAUCCCCGCCGCUGAAAAACACCCCCACAUCUUGAUGCUACAGACACCAUGCUUCACAGUUGGGAUGGUAUUGUGUAGGUGAUGAGCGGUGCCUGGUUUCCUCCAGACAUGACACUUGGAACAGACCAGAGAAUCUUGUUUCUCACAGUCUGAGAUUCCUUUAGGUGCUUUUUUGUGUCUUGCAUUGAGGAGAGGCUCCCGUCUGGCCACUCUGCCAUAAAGCCGAGAUCGGUGGAGUGUUGCAGUGAUGGUUGUCCUUCUGCAAGUUUCUCCCAUUUCCACACAUGAUCUCUGGAGCUCAACCAGAAUGGCCAUCAGGUUCUUGGUCACCUCUCUUACCAAGGCCCUUCUCCCCCGAUUGCUCAGUUUGGCCAAGUGGCCAGCUAUAGGAAGAGGCCUGGUUGUUCCAAACUUCUUCCAUUGAAGAAUUAUGGAGCAGUGUUUCCCAUUAAUCACCUAGACUGUGGUGGCCUGCCACAGUUUCAUAAUGAACCGAAAAUAUUUGUACACUUCUCAUAAUAACAUAAAAGAUCUCUAAUGUUGUGUUUUGUGCCGACAAAGCAGCGCAAUUUGAGUAACUUAACACUUUGUAUCCUAAGGGUCUUAACUUUGAUUUUGAUAUCCAUCCAUUCUUGUGACUUAUUGACUUUUUGGAUAACGUUUACCUUUGUAUCGGUGUUUGUAUUUGUUUGACUUUGACCUGUGUCUAAUAUUUGCUGUUUUAAAUGAUUUUGCUUAAAUUGUGACAUUUAUAAUCAUGUGAUUCACUGAUGUUUGUGAAUUGUUUGUAUUUGUGGGAGACUGGUGUAUGUUUUGCUGACGUUUGAACUAAUUAAUUGUUCUCAUUAAAUUAGAUUGAUUGAUCAUGAGAGAACUGACCCUGAUUAUUAACCUGUGAACAUAAAGAAGUGUUUGGUUGUAACAAAAGUACUUAAAUUGAUGUGUGCCUGGUGAAGAUCAUUCUGAUUGAAACGUUGCUGUGAUUUUUAAAUUAAUAAAAGGGAAUAAUUAAAUAG